AUGGCCACCACUACCCCAAGAAUCACAGUCCUAGGCUCCCUAAACAUCGACCUAGUAGCCUACGUCUCCCACCACCCUUUGCCAGGCGAGACAAUGACCGCCAACUCGGUCGCCGUCUCCCCCGGCGGCAAGGGCGCCAACCAAGCCGUUGCAUGCGCGAAACUCUCUCGCUCCCACUCCUCGCCGGAAGAGAGCGAGACGGCUCACAUAACAAUGCUAGGCACCGUAGGCACCGACUCCUACGGCACCCUCCUCCGCGAAAACCUUUCCAAGCACGGCGUCGACGUCUCCGGCGUUCGCGUGCUCGACACUCCCGGCUCCAAGACAGGAAUGGCCAUGAUCGUUGUCGAUGAGCCCACUGGCCAAAACAGAAUCAUUCUCAGUCCCGAAGCGAACCAUUUCUUGCAGCCGGAGCAUGUUUCUUCCGUGUCCAACCUGGCGGCCGAGGGCCAGGAAAAGCCGGAUUUGUUGAUCAUGCAGUUGGAAAUCCCCGUGCCGACGGUCCUCCAGGCGCUGAAGACUGCGAAGCAAAAUGGUGUGCAGGUUCUGUUGAACCCGGCGCCGGCGGUGCCGUUGCCUGAUGAGGCCUUUCAGGGGCUGGCGCAUUUGGUUGUUAACGAGACUGAAGCCUCCAUCUUGUCUGGCCUGGAGGAGAGCGUGCUGGAUACCGAGGAGGGAUUGGAAAAAGUUGGACAGGUCUUCCUGGGCAAGGGGGUUAAGACGGUGAUUGUUACGCUUGGUGGUCGGGGCGUUUUCUUCAUGACUGGUGAUAACGACGGAGAAAAGAAGAAGGGAUUGGUGCAAGCGGAAAAGGCCAAGGUGGUGGAUACCACGGCUGCUGGCGACACGUUUGUGGGCAUGUAUGCUUUGGAGGUGGUGACGGCUGCUAAGAAAGGGGAGCAGUUUGAUAUCGAGGCGGCGGUUAGGAAGGCGAAUAAGGCGGCGGCGAAGACGGUGGAGAGGGUGGGCGCGCAGGAUUCGAUUCCUUGGAGGGAUGAGUUGUUGUAG